AGAGGGUUGAGCAGUAGAUGAGGAAGGCUAAGCUUUUGAUUUAAAGGAAAAAUUAUUUACUAAUUUAUGAACUUACUUUAGAAAUCUUGAGAAAAGAAAAGGAGAAAGAAAAAAGGGUUUCUAUUCCACCACCUCCGAUACUUCCUCUUGUAUAGCCCUAUAUGAUGUUCUCACAGGAAGAUGUGUAUGAAUCAGAUUUUCUGUGAUUUUAACUUUGAAUCGUCAGUUUCAAUCUGAAUCAAACCGGCAGUUGGGUCUAUUUUCUGUGGCCAUGUUUGCGCAUUAAUUCCACAAGCAUGCCCAAGACCUAUAAAUAGAUAUCCAAAUCAAAGAGUGAACCCAAAAUAAAAUAAUUACAAACAAAGCUGAUGGCCGAUCCAAGAUGCCAUGUCAUUGUUAUCCCUUAUCCUGCUCAAGGCCACAUUAACCCCCUCCUUCAGUUUGCUAAGCGCUUGGCCUCCAAAGGAGUCAAGGCCACUUUCGCCACCACCCCUUACACAGUAAACUCGAUCCAUGCCCCCAACGUAGGCGUUGAGCCCAUAUCUGAUGGCUUUGAUGAAGGCGGCUUCAAGCAAUCCUCAGGUGUAGAGGCCUACCUAGAAUCAUUCAAGACAGUUGGUUCAAGAACUCUUACUGAGCUCAUCUUGAAGUUCAAUGCCUCAGGCUUCCCUGUUACAUGUAUUGUGUAUGAUUCAUUGCUGACUUGGGCUGUUGAUGUAGCAAAACAACUUGGGAUAUAUGCUGCUGUAUUUUUGACCAAUUCAGCUUCUGUCUGCUCCAUGUAUUGGCAAAUUGAUCAGGGUCUCCUCACUCUUCCUGUGAAGCAAGAAACUGUGCCUGUGUCUUUGCCUGGCCUUCCUUCACUAGACUUCUAUGAAUUGCCAAGUUUUCUGGCAUCCCCAACAACUCACUCUGCUUAUUUAGAAACAAUCUUGCAGAAAUUUCACAGUUUAGAUAAAAAUGAUUGGGUGUUCUGCAACUCCUUCGAAGAGCUAGAGAUUGAGCUAGUAAGAGCCAUGAGGGGACUGUGGCCAGUGGUGAUGGUUGGUCCAACCCUGCCAUCUGCCUACCUAGACCAACAAAUUGAUGGAGAUACAGCUUAUGGGGCCAGUCUCUGGGAACAAACAACUGACCAGUGCCUGAGAUGGCUUGACACAAAGCCACCAGACUCGGUAAUAUAUGUGUCAUUUGGAAGCAUGGCAGACAUUUCAGCUAAACAGGUUGAAGAAAUUGCAUGGGGUUUAGAAGUAAGCAACUGGCCUUUCCUAUGGGUUAUCAAGGAUUCAGAAAACAAGCUACCAGUUGAUUUUAUAAGCUCAGUAGGCGAGACAGGGAUAGUCGUGGCAUGGUGCAACCAACUAGAGGUCCUAGCUCACCAAGCUGUGGGCUGCUUUGUUACACACUGUGGAUGGAAUUCUACAUUGGAGGGGCUGAGCCUAGGAGUGCCAAUGGUAGGGGUGACACAGUGGAGCGACCAGCCAACCAAUGCCAAGUUUAUAGAGGAAUUGUGGAAGGUGGGAGUAAGAGCUAAGAAAGAUGAAGAAGGGAUUGUAAGGAGACAGGAACUUGAGAAAUGUAUCAGGGAGGUUAUGGUUGGAGAGAGGAGUGAAGAAAUGAAGAAUAAAGCCUCUAAAUGGAGAGAUCUUGCAAAGGCUGCUGUCGGACUGGGUGGGAGCUCAGAUACCAAGAUUAAUCAAUUUGUAUUAAAGUUGCUAGAUGAGAAGAAAGCAUAAUUCUUUUAUUAGUUAUGCUUUCAUAUGAAAAUGAAGAAUAUCAUAUCUGUGAUUAUGGAUAUUCUCCAUUAUCAGCAUAACAUAAACUCAUGUGUUGAUCAACAUCAAAUACCUUUCAUAUCUGAAUAUCUAAACUUUUCCACUAGACAAAA